AAACAAGAUUUUGAUCAAAGACAAAAUAAAGAAUCUAGUGAAGAGGAAUCAGACCCCAACCAAAACAGAAAUUGUAAUCAUAACGUAACAGUAGCUGAAGAAGAAGCUUCAAAUCACUAUUCGACGGAUA